UGUAUGCGUCUAUCGCAAAAUAAAAGAGUAUUUGCAUUUGAUUCGAGAAAUGCCGUGUUUUUGUUUACGUUCGCCAGAAUGACUGAAUUGAUUAAUUUGUUUGACAAAUUAAGUGAAUUUUAUGAUCGUAAUCUACUUUGGGAAAAUAUUGAAGAGAUUUACGAGAAAGAUGAAGAAACAGAGCAAAACAAGAAGAAAAACACCAAUGAGUCACAAGAGCCGCACUCUGAUGAUGAAUCGCUAGCUACUCUGGCCACUAAAUUAAGUGUAAUAAAUUUACCGUUCGUCCGGCGUGCACUCAACGAUCCUCAAGUAUUAUCCACACUUCUCGAGUUGAGCUCCGCCAUACGGAUUUUGCGCGGGGAAUCAAGUGCCAGUUAUGAUAACACUUACGAUUGCUGGGAUGAGGUGGUGAAGGUGUCACCACGUGAUGCAUAUCUUAGCUUUGUGUAUGCUUUAGCAGGUCUGCCAACAUUAGAUCCAAGUUCCGCCAAAAAUACUAAGCUCGCGCUGGCGGCUGUGAACACUUACUUCCUUUCGCUAACUAUACCGGGCGCAAAAGGUUUUCACAUAUUUGAACCGGAGGUUAUAGCACAUUGCCUUCAAGUAUUUACAUUGAUAGAGCGGAUACAGCAUCCAGAUGUAAUGAGCCGCAUGUCGAAACAGCAGUCAAUCGAGAUUUGGGUACACUUUUCUACGUUUUGCGACGAUUUAAAAUUACUGCUAAGAUAUGUACACUUCAGUGAUCACAAAGCCACACGAGACGCACUACUCAAGAAACUGGUUGACAUAUUGUACAUGAAUCAUGAGCGGGGAUAUGCAAAUAUGUACGCCGCCAAUCUGCACGGCAAAUGUUUCGAAAUCUUCGAGGAUAUGAUAAAUGCUCACAAUGGCGAACCAGAAGAGACCCUCAUGAAACUAAUGAAUAUGACCGUCUUCCUCCAUGUCUAUCCGCCGAGGCCAAAGAGCAACAGCAGCAUUGCCGUUAGUGGCGAUUGUGAACACAUCUCUGAUUGGUUUAUCAAAUGCAUCUCAAAGUAUCCGCGACUGCUUGUCAAAGUUUUAAGCUUCUAUAUCGAAUGCAUGAUCACUAAUCCGAUCAAGUCAUGGAAAACUGAGCAAACACAACGCGCACUUGAAUAUGGUGCAAAAUAUGAUGCUGCACUCUUCACUAAAUGCAAUGAAUCGUCUGUGGAAUUUCUCUGCAAAGCCAUCUAUGCUGAUGAAGUGAUGAUACGCUCUAGAGCCAUUGAGUUAAUGUCGCGUAUUUUACAGCUGGAGUCGCAUGUUGAUUGGCAGAUGUUUCGGCACGAAGUAUCCGACAUACCGCGUGAGGUGCAUCUCAUUAAUGAGCUCAUAAGAAGUCUACAAGAUUGCAACAAUACCAUUAAACUUAAGGCAGUGCAAGCGUUACAUAUUUCCCUCACAAAGGGUUCACCCAACACCGUAAAAAUACUCAGCGAGGGUAUACGCUAUACACAAUACCAUGAUGUUGGUGUCGUACUGCCUGAUGAGCCGCGCGUACGGAAGAAUGAAAUACGCUAUGAGAAACCUCCUUUACUAGAGCCAAAGUUCAGCUUCGUUGGGCAUGCUAUAGUGGAGCUGGCGUUUUUGCAUUUACCCGAAUAUGUGUAUACAAAUCUCUUUCAGAGUCCGCAAUCAUAUAUAAGGCGUGCAGGUGUGAUGUUUAUUGAGCAGCUGGUGAAACUUAAUCCUCUAAUUAUUUUCAAUACGAACUUUGUGACGGAAACAACGCGUUUGGUGGAUGAGCCCACAGCUCUGGUGCGUAAGCAAUCCCUGCUCACCAUAGAUGGCAUACUUGGCUGCUAUCCAAAUUGUUAUCCAGUAAUAUGGGUUUGGUGUAAAAUUGUGGCGCCGAUGUUGCACGAUGGCGAUCCUAAGAAUGUGGAAUUGGCAAUGGAUUGUUUUCGUACACGCGUGCUAAGUAAUAUGCGUGGCAUCGACCAAUCAAAUCAAGCCGAGCACUUUAUGCCUUGGGUUAUUAUACGCACAAUGCUAUCAACGCAGCCGCGCUUGUAUUUACAAACUUGCUUCCAUACGGCUCUACAGCAACGUUUGCUUAACCCCCAAAUUCUUGGCACAAUCGAAUCUCAUCUACUCACAUCCAAUUCCACAGAGGCUUGGAUAGUCCUCAAUUUCAUUUCAGGCAAGAUAAAAAGUAAAGAGCCUGAUGCGCUUAUACACCUAUUCACAUCACUGAAAUCGUGGAACAAAGAGCAAAAUAUGCUUAUCGCUCUGGAAGUACUAGCCAACUGUAUACAGGACUUCUCGCAUACCGCACUCAAUCUUGCUUUCAAUCACAUACUUAGUCAAAUACGUGAAGGUCAAAUGAUACCUGUGCUCAUAGGCAAAGCAUUCGAUCUUCUCGUACACAUUGAUAACUGUUCGCAAUCUCAGGCAUCUAAAAGUAACAGCACAAAAAGCAAUCCUCUUGAAUUAACUGAAAAGCCGUGGGUGUUGGAGUUGCAUGAUUUAUUGGAAUUGCGUAUACUCUCCGGCAUUGGUGAUUUUCCCGACAAUCGCACCACAUUUAUGUCACACCUUUACUCAUACUCCGAAGCGAAUUUGCAGACGCGCUUGCGGCCGCAUCGCACCAUCGUUUCCUUCGUACAUAAAUACAUGAGUGUUUGUUUGAAAUUGCCCGAAUCAGAGUUGGAUUUGGAGAAUGAGCGUCUGUUCAAUUCAAUGAUUUUGAUUGCAGGCCGCUUUUCGCUGCGCGAUGCUGUAACGGCCAGCACCACUUGUAUGAUUUAUAGUUCGAUAUUGAAACUCAUCGAUCGUCCGCCUAUUGUGAAUACAAUAAUUGUUUCCCUAACGGACCUAUGUAAGAAACACACACAAAUCGUCGAACGUAUUAUAGAGGAUGUGCUGGCUAAAUUGUCGUCACCCUAUGUCGUCAAUCGUAUUGAGACAUUCAAAUGCUUCGAGAAGUUGGUGUUGCAGGAUCAAUUAAAGUUACGUGGCUCACUUUUAUUAGCGUUUAUGUACACAAUUUUGGAUGAAAAUGCGGAAUUGGCUACGCGUGCAUGCGAAUUUUUCGCGGAGUUUCUUAGCAAGAAGAAUUCCACGCUCUUUCAGAAAUGCCUGAUCGAAUGCCCAUUUGUUUUUAAUGAAUAUGAGAAUUUUGAUGGUUUGGACAGUUUCUCGGACACUGGUAUUAAGUCGCCUUUGAAAGGCGAGGAAAAUCGUAAGAGACGUCAGUUGCUGUACAAUCAUUUGAUGGCAUCGAUCGAUGAAGUCAACUUGGUGCUUUAUUUCGGGCAACUCAAAUUGAUUUCAGAAAAAUCGCUACGCGACUCAAACAUGAAAAGCCCCGAGGGUAUCGCUUUAAUCAAGGAUGUACUGUUCAUUUUGAAACGCGUUUGCCGUCUGACCAAACACCAAAAACCUGCCGCUGAGAACAAAGAUGACGAAGACGACAAUAACAAAAUGGACGAUGCAUUUGCAGAUAUAAACGAGACAGCCGCAUUGGGGGAGGCCGCCAACGGAAAAGGCGCAGCCACUGCUGUCACAAACAACACAGGACGCGGACGUGGUCGUGGACGGCGACGAGAAAUAGUCACGAUGCCUGAUGCGCUCAAUCUCCUCGAAAAAUCUGUGAUUUUUAUACACACCAUUCAUAGCUGCUUCACUGCACACACAGAUGACUCGUUGCAAAAAGCUCUCGAUGAUUUGGGUUUUGCGCUUGCAAAGCGGUUUCCCAAUCUAGUGCAAUACGCACAACCCACAGAGUUCUGGAGCAAAUAUCGCAAUGAAAUAGGGACGACUUCGGCGAAAAAAAAGACAAAAAACAAAAGAGCCAAAGGAAGAAAUACUAAAAUGCCUGAUAAGACUAAAUCAAAUUCAACACAAAUAGAUGAAGCUCUCAAUUGUGACGAACAGGAUGCGGAAGUGGAUGGGGACUUGGACUGCGACUCAGCGGUAGAAAGUGAUUUUUGUUCUGAUGAUGAUUUGCCGUUGGCAAGCAGCAAGCAUAACGGUACAUCAGCACAGAAACGAUUGCAUUUAAGUGGCGCUGAAUUGCCAAUGGAAUAUUUGUUUAACCCGAGUAUUUGAUGUUUGCAGUCCUGUUCUGGUACUAGUAAGCCAGACAGGACACCAAAUGACGAAAAUGUUGAUAUCUAUAAAGACGCAUAAUAUAAGAAUGUAUAGUCCGGGAUACCAACAAUAUCGUGGCUAUGCAUUUAUUAGUUUUAAGUGAUACGGAAGGUUCGAAUAGUUCAUAAAGUUUCUUCUUUUUAUAAAAAGCAAUUCAACAUAUAACAACCUA